AUGAUAACUAGUAUUGUACUCCAAAUCAUCAUCUUCGGCGGAUUUGCCUACCUGGCCUAUCUCCUACUUGAAUUUCGUGACCGAGCGAUUGGGACCACCAAACGCAAAGAUCCACUAUUCAAAGACGUCCCUGGAUGGCCAUUAAUUGGACAGCUUGUUCAAGGUUUAGCAGACUCGUCCAACCAUCUAGAGGCGUCGACACGCAUGGCGCUAAAGCUUCGCCCAGGGUACAGCACCACGGUGCCAGGCGUCAGGAUGAUUGAUGUCAGCAAACCGGAAUGGCUUGAAUAUAUCCAGAAGACCAACUUUGAUAACUACGAAAAGGGUCCUUUGUAUCGAGAGCUUAUGGGCGAUUUGUUUGGUAAUGGUAUUAUCGUAUUGGAUGGUGCACAAUGGAAAAGAGCCCGAACGGUCAACUCGAGAGUAUUUCACACGCAAACCUUCAAGACUGUGAUAGAACCCAGUGUUGAUCAAAGUUUGGAUGGGCUUCUCAAAGUCUUACAAAGUGCGAGUGACGAGAGUCGAGGCGUUGACUUUUGCAAUCUAUUCACUCGCUUCACUCUGGCCUCCUUCGUCAAGAUGACUUUUGGAAGAGCUUUAGGUAUCUAUGGAGAGCAGUCUACAGCCGAGGCAGAAGCUCAAGCAUCCAACAAGCAUCUCUGUUCUCCCGAAGUUUUUGCAGAGGCGCUUGAUUUUUCACAAAAGCAGAUAGAUUUCAGGUUUAAUGUGAUGAUUGGAUGGGAAUUGUAUGAAAAAAUUAUCCCCAGCGUCGGACAAAGAAUGAAGCGCUCGUGCGAUACGAUCCACAACUACGCUUACACGUUAAUCGAUGAAAGAAUGUCGAAACUCUCAAGCGAUGGCGACUCUACCAACGGCAAUGAUUUUCAAAAUGACUUUUUGGGGUUAAUGAUGGAUUUCCAUCGGCAGCAGGGACACACUAUGGACCGUGAGGAGCUGAAGGAUGCUACAUUUGGCUUUCUUCUGGCUGGUCGUGAUGCAACAGCACAAUCGCUAUCAUGGUGCCUCUUCCAUCUUUUGAUGAACAAAGAUAUGAUUUCUAAAAUUCGGGAGGAAGUGGCUCAGCUUUUGGGCACAAACCCUUCCGACGAAAGCCGUGUAACUUACGAGAACUAUAAGCAAUUUACGAUCACCUAUGCAGCAAUCCUUGAAGCAGUCAGAUUACAUCCUCCGGUACCCAAGAGCCUGAAAUUUGCCAAGACUGAUGACGUAAUUCCCGGCGGACCAACUGUUGAGGCAGGUGACUGCGUUAUUUGGAGUGAUUGGCAAAUGGCCCGUGAUCCUGAAACGUGGGGCUCAGAUUGUGGGCAAUUUAAACCGGACCGCUGGAUUGAUGAAGAUGGGAAGAUUCGAAACUUCGGGAAUUUCAUAUACCACGCUUUCAACGGUGGGCCAAGACGCUGUGUGGGGAUGACCAUGGCGAUCUUUGUCAUGGUCAAAACUAUCGUUGAGAUGCUACAAAAAUAUGAUCUGGAGUUUUCCGAAGGGUGGUUAGAAAACGUUCCAAAAAGCGCGGAUAUAGAAGGCAUCAGAACAAACUAUCCUACUCCGCAAUAUUUGGCCUCGAUGACGCUCCCGAUGGAAAAUCCUAUGAUGGUCGCGGUGAAGCCCCGCCUAAAUCAAGAUAAGUAA